AUGCACAGAGCAGCUCAUUCAUGUCCAGUCAUUCCUCCGGUUACAACACUCGCGGGCGGCGCCGUGGUCGCCCACCAGGCCUCCGCGGCUCGCGAUCUAGUCCGUCUACGAGGCUCGUUGGCCAGGGCCGCAACCAAGGACGAGAGCUCAGCAGAUUCAGCGGAUUCGGAUGACACAAACUCCGCACUGAGCCAGCCUGUAGAGGUAGGGGUGAAGCGCCGUGGGCGAGGCAGGGGUCGUGGGGGCUCGACGCGAAGAAAGAUAUCGGCAGCAAGUAGCAUGACCGACUCUGUCAUGACGGGACAGACAACACCAGUCGGGGUCAUGUCAAGCAUGGUGGAGCCCUGGGUGUUUGUGCGCAAGGCACGCGAGGAGGGAGCUGUCGGCGAAAGCACAAAACUCAACAGCUACCUGCAGUCAUUCAUCACAUUGCCAGAUGAAACAGUUCUAGCAUGCCGGCCGAAGGUAAAAAAGAAGCCUGCCAGGCUGAAAGCUGGUUCAAUGACGGUCCCGGAUCGCGCAGUCAAGGCUGAGGAAGUCGGGCCAAGCCGUGGCGAGCUCCUGCGCUUAAUGCAAGAGCGUCACAAAGAAUGGGUAGACGAUACUGCGAUUAAAAUCAACCGCAUUUCGGAGCUACGGCGCAGAGGCAUGCUUCGCGAUCCAGAACACCACGCCGAUAGCAAUGCCGAGUCUGACCAGACACCAGAGUGUGAAGAAAUCAGUCCGUUUACCUCAUCGCGUGCGCGUGAGCCACGGCGAGCAAGGACAUGGUGGGACCAGCUUCUAACCGACAUCAUAGACCGGCACAAGGAGGUGUCAGUUACUGGACGGCGCCAACGGGCUGCAUUGCGCAAGUGCAGCCGGCUAAUUGAGAAACAGGACGAUGAGAGGAAAGCGAAGCUUGGUAUUUACAAACGGCCUGAGCAGGCUGAGCGUGCGGAGCGCGAGAACCACCGGAGGCUGGCCAAGUGGACGGUCCAGCAGGUGAUGAAAAGGUGGGCAUACGUUGAGUCGAUCAUGAACGACCAGCGGCAGAUGGAGGAAGAGGAGAAGAGGAGUAAGGAGGACAAGCGUGUUCUGUUCAACAUGCUGGAGCGGUCGACACAGUAUUUGGAGGAACAGCGUGCCGACUUUAGCGCGGCGGGCAAGAGCAGUGUUGAUCCCUCAGAGCUGUCCUCGUCUGACUCCUGCGCUAGGACUAUGGAUAUGGAGUCAGAUGCCAGCGAUACGGAUGCGCAGGUGCCUGCUGAGCAGUCUGAUCUGAAGGCGAUGAUUGCCGAGCAGCAGAUUGAUGCGUCCAAUGCUGCAUCCCUUGCCGAGCAGCCCAUUGCCGCCCAGCAGUGCUCUGAGGCGGUGGUGUCGCCAGAGCAGUCCGAUGUUGAGCUUGAGAGUGAGUCUGAAGAGGAUUCUGACGAUGAGAUGUCAGCUCUGGCGCUGGACCAGGAUGUGCCGAUCGAGUCGCUGCUGGCAAAGUAUAGGCAGAUGGACGGCCAAGAUGCUGCUGACAGCGGCAGCCCGCCGUCACCAGAGAUCGGAAUCGCCGAGUUAGUCAGCAAGGCAGAGACACAUAUGGUGGAGCAGCCAUUUCUGUUGCGCGGGCAGCUGCGAGAGUAUCAAAGGCAAGGGCUGGACUGGCUGGCGUCGCUGCACCAGCACCAGAUCAACGGAAUCCUGGCUGAUGAGAUGGGGCUGGGCAAGACCAUUCAGACCAUAUCUCUGCUAGCCCACCUGGCGUGCCACCAGGGCAUUUGGGGCCCGCAUUUGGUAGUCGUGCCCACAAGCGUGCUAUUGAACUGGGAGCAGGAGUUCCACCGCUGGCUGCCUGGAUUCAAGCGCAAACUUAAGCGCAAGGGGUGGAGCAAGCCCAAUGCGUUCCAUGUGUGCGUGACGACGCGUCUGGUGUUCAAGCGCAAGGCGUGGUACUACAUGAUUCUGGAUGAGGCACAGGCCAUCAAAAACUUUCGCAGCCAGCGGUGGCAGACGCUGCUGACAUUCCGAUCGGCCAGCAGACUGCUGCUGACAGGCACCCCGCUGCAGAAUAGCUUGGUUGAGCUCUGGUCGCUGCUGUACUUUUUGAUGCCGCAGGAGUUUGCGGGCAACGAGGGGGCCGAGGAUGGCAGCGGGUUUGCUGCGCUUGACCGGUUCCGUGAGUGGUUUGCGCAGCCACUGGAGAAGCUGCUGGCGACACAGCCCGAGCUGGCAGUGCCCUCAGUGUCCGACAGCGGCGUUGCCUUCAACACAACAAAAUUUCUCGAGGGUGGCGGAAUGGAUUUUGGUGGCGUUUCGGAGACCCAGAGCGAGGCUCAGAUGGCGGUGCAAAAGCUGCAUGUGGUUCUGCGGCCACACAUUUUGCGCCGGCUCAAGCAGAACGUGGAGACACAGCUGCCAAACAAGGUGGAGCAUGUUGUGUACUGCCGGCUGUCGAAGCGCCAGCGCUUCUUGUACGAUGACUUCAUGUCGCGGGCAAAGACCCGCGAGACGCUGCGGUCCGGUGCAUACCUGGGCGUCAUGAGCUGCCUGAUGCAGCUGCGCAAGGUGUGCAACCACCCGGACCUGUUUGAGACCCGCCCGAUUGUGAGCAGCUGGGCAGUAUCUGGGUCCGAUAGACUUAUUCGACGCAUGCUGGGCCACGAUCAUCACAAUCCGUUUUCUGGCAGCACAGCCUCUCAGCUGGGACUUGUUCUGACACGCACGGAGGCGUCGCGUGAUGCUAUGGCAUCGCCAAGGAUGAUCGCAAAUGGACUGCGGCAGGCGCAGAUUGCGCUGGGCAAACAGGCGAUGUCCUGGGGCGAGCUGGAAAUGCAGCCGUAUGCGUCAAAGUACAGGUCGGUUGAGCAGAACACAGAUUUUGCUGAGAGCCAGCGUGCACUUCGAGCUGAGGAUGUGUGGAUGCGAUUAGCCGAGCUAAACAUGCGGCGCCCGAUAUACGGAGCCGGGGUACUGAAUGUUUGCCGUGUGGUGCCGACCCUGCGCGAGCAGUCAUGCGAUCUGGUGCGGGAUCUGAUUCUCACCAGUCCUGAGCCACCAUUCAAAAACUACGUCUUCGCCACGCCGCCAGUUGUCGUCAUCAACUCUGCAUCGGAUAAUGCAGCCAUCUACCCGCACUUACGCACAGCUGAUCGCGACGAGCGCUGGCUCAAGGAGGUGCAACCUUCCAUUCUACAUCUAAAGCGUCGAGUACUCAAGCAGACAGGCUUUUUGCGCGAUCUGCAGAUCCGACAGCAGAUUGCAUUCCCCGAGCCGUUCUUGCUGCAGUACGACUGCGGCAAGCUUCAGGCGCUGGACGCUCUGCUGAGCCGACUGGUCCACGAGGGGCACCGGGCACUGGUCUUCACGCAAAUGACCAAGGUGCUGGAUAUCCUCGAAAAGUGGCUGAAUCUCCAUGGCUACCGGUAUCUCCGGCUGGAUGGUGCUACGCGCGUCGAGCAGCGCUGGCACUUGACCGAGCAGUUCAACCAUGAUCCGCGCUGGUCUGUGUUUAUCUCGUCCACGCGAGCCGGCGGGCUGGGCAUCAACCUGACUGGUGCAGACACGGUUAUUUUCUACGACAGCGACUGGAACCAUGCCAUGGAUGCGCAGUGCCAGGACCGGUGCCAUCGGAUCGGGCAGCAGCGUGAGGAGGCCAUUUGGAGGAAGCAGUGUGAGAAGCGCUGGCUAAGCCAGGUUGUUAUCCAGGACGGCCACUUUGACCACUCGCAGACCAUGGGUCCGAAGCAGCAGCAGCCUGUCGGGGAUGAAGCGGUGAUGGCAGGUGCGAACACGACAUUGGGCGUUGGAGACUGGUAUGACCUGGCGUCCACUCCUCACCAGGUGCAGCCUGCUGCUCGUGGUCACGCAGCCCAGGCUGUGUGUGCUGCUGAGGACGACGAGGCCGAUACAGCGGCGUUGCGGACUGCUAUCCAGGAAGUCGAGCAGGCGGAUGCGCUUGAUCUGGGCGAGGAGCCUUCGCACGGCUCUGCAGGCAGCUGGAGGCAAGGCCGACCAUCAGAUGCAAAUGCCUGCGACGCCGGUGAGCAGGAAGAGGCCGAAGGAGAUCGGCCACAUUGACGACUAUAUGUUCCGGUUCAUUUCACAGAUGGUCUUCAAAUAAACGCUGCGCCACCAUGCCCAGGACAUGCGCUGCUGGCUCGCCUGUUUGCAAGAAUCGGGAAAUCGGCAGGGGGCUUUCCAGCCAAAACAGGCAAAUCGCGUCCAUUCGUCCUUUUCUCCUGAAAAGUCUUUUUUC